UGGGGUAGGGCGGGGAGGGAUGAGUGGGUGGAGCAGAACAAUAAAUAUAAGAUCUCAGCCUCCCGCUUCCCGCUUCCCGCUGCACUUCCGCGACCCUGCCAGCCAUGCCGCCCUACACCAUCGUUUACUUCCCGGCCCGAGGGCGCUGUGAGGCCCUGCGCAUGCUGCUGGCAGACCAGGGCCAAAGCUGGAAGGAGGAGGUUGUGACCAAGGAGACUUGGCAGCAGGGCUCUCUCAAGGCCUCCUGUCUGUUUGGGCAGCUCCCCAAGUUCCAGGAUGGAGACCUCACCCUGUACCAGUCCAAUGCCAUGCUGCGUCACCUGGGGCGUGCCCUCGGGCUGUAUGGCAAAGACCAGCUGGAGGCGGCGCUGGUGGACAUGAUAAAUGAUGGGGUGGAGGACCAUCGCAAGCGGUGUAGCUACCUCAUCCACCAUAACUAUCUGGAAUAUUCCCAUUCGCAGGAGGAGGGCAAAGCCAAGUAUGUUCAGGAGCUGCCGGGGCACCUGAGGCCUUUUGAGACCCUAUUGGCCCAGAACCGGGGGGGCCAGGCCUUCAUCGUGGGUGACCAGAUCUCCUUUGCUGACUACAACCUGCUGGACUUGCUGCUGGCCCACCAGGCCCUGGUGCCUGGCUGUCUGGACAGCUUCCCCAUGCUCUCAGCCUAUGUGGCGCGCCUUAGUGCCCGGCCCAAGCUCGAGGCCUUCCUGGCCUCCCCUGAGCACAUAAACCGCCCCAUCUUUGGAGGCCUCCAGAUAUGAACCCACUUGGCCUCCCUCCCAAGAGAGGGGCGGUCCUUGGAAACAAAUAAAAACUGAGAAAAAGA